AUGAAGGAUCAUAAAUUGAAUUUUUUAUAUAAUAAGAGAAAGGGCGUCCCUCUAUUACGAGGAAGAAUAUACAUCCUAAAUUUGUUUAUGUUGCCCCUCUUCUACUUUAAAUACCUGAAAUUGAGACCUGACUAUUUGUCUAGGCUUAGCAUAUAUAUAUAUCUCCUCGGAAUUCUACUGCAUACCGUGGCUUGCGUAGUUUUUCACGCAAGUUCAGGAAACACGUUUUACAGAUCAGUUUUGAGAAGAAUCGACUACGGAGCAAUUUUUUUGAUAAACAUAACCAACGCAUUUCCCGCGUUUGUACACUUCAUCGAAAAGGAUAAGCACGUUAUCAUGCUAGUCUUCCACUUGUUAAUUAACUUCUACGGUAAGAUAGGGCCUCAUGACGUAUUUUUAGGAAUGUUUGCGUGUUUGCUGAUGAAUUUUAUAUUCACAGAAAAGUCGCUGAGAAUAUUUCUGUUUUGGAUAUCGCACAGCAUCUGCAACUUCGUGCCUUACAAGUUCUACAUGUAUAAAAUGCACAUGGCACUGUUUUACUAUGUUUUCGGAUACAUCAUGGUAGCAACAGGAGUGUUGGUGUACUACCUGGAGAAGCCAAACUUUUUCAAGGGAAUGUUUGAGUUCCACGAGCUCUCGCACCUCCUCUACACACUCUCCUCAAUAUGUAUCUUCAUGUGGAACGGAAUAGGAAUGGGACUGAUGGAUAAAAAAAUAGAGUACCUGAACCAGUAA